AUGGAGAAAGACUUGCGUUUGCGCCUCGUGGUCCGGCGCCACGGCGUGCCUGACGUCAAGCUCCUCUGGAACGCGACUACCAACGAAGACUUGACCAUCUCGAAGCUCGUCGCUCAAAUAAACGAAGUCAUCCCCUUGGAAAGCGGCGAAUGGGGCCUCGAGGACUACGCCGUCGAGCUUAAGGAUGCCUCCGGCGAGGGCUUCGAAUGCGUUCACUACCACCUGGUAUCCAAGGUGCUAAAGGAUGACGAUCAAGUGCUAGUUCGACCUCUCCUAACCGACGACCUCAAGCGAAGACGACUGAGCGGCAGGCAUCAGAUAUCGUCCGAUGGCAAGCACCUGGUAGAUGGCCUCGCAUAUGGACGUUCCUGGCUCAAAGCCCCCCGAGACCGGCCUGUUGUAGCACUUCCUCCCAGAAAGAAGGCCCGCAUCGCAUACAGCAGCGACGACGAAUACGAUUCUCCCGCUGAGAACGACGACGUUGCCGAGCUUCCGAUGAUUGAAUACAACUCGACUAGAGCUCAGCAGGAUCCGUCGAGCGUCCGGCUUCGCGCCCGCUUCUACGAUGCCGAAUCAGACGGUGACGAUGAAGACGACGAUGAAUUCGAGCCAGGAGACGACGAAGACGACGAAAAUGUGGACUCAGAAGAUGAUGAUAUCGAGGAGGAGUUGCGUCUCCUCGGCGAGGACAACGCCGCUGUCAGGAGAAACCAAGUCAUUGACGAAUACCACAAGAUUAAGAACACGGCGGGUUCAGAUACCAGGCGCGGCAGAUCUCCUAUUGCGUCGGCCAGAAAUGCUCUGGUCAAAUCUGCGACUCAAACAGACAGGCCUGAUUGGGACAUGCACUUUCUCGACAAGCUCAGUGCUUUGAAGGUCGCAUUCCCUACUGCGCCUGUUUCCGUCAUCGAACAAACCCUUCGAAGAUGUGACAAGGACUCUGCAAAAGCGUAUCGCAAGCUUGGAAGACGUUUCAGCACCCAGAUUGGUCUACACCAGAUGCUGGAAUUUCAGGAACGGAGUCUGUCCAGCAGCCCCAUUCGGCAGACCGAGCCGAACGCGGGACAAGAACUUGUCCGGAGAGACAGCAGCCCGGCCGAGCGCGCUAGUUUUGUGACGGACGGCUCGGACGAGAGCGAGGAAGCCUCUUCGACGCUCAACCACAAUGCCCAUGUAGACCAAGAACAUGAAGAGGGCGACCUAGCUUCAGAAUCUGACUCUGAAGCUGGUUCUGGAUCAAGUAGUUCGGAACCCGACUCUGAGGCUGACCAGGAAAUGGACGACUCUUCGGAUGAGCAUUCGGGUGAUUCCCAUGAAGCUUUCGAAGUCAUUUCCUCGGACGAUUCUGGCGAGUCUGGAGACGAGUCGCCUGUACAGGAUGGGCACAGUUCGGAAGUAACUAAUCAGGAAAAGCUGGACUCUGAUGACGACUCCAACGCGGAUGGCGAUGCAAGCUCUGAUGAAGCAGACUCUGGUGGUUCUAGCACUGGCCACCCGACUAGGAACGAAGCUGCUGUCGACGAAUCUUCAUCGGAUUCAUCUUCCGAGUCUUCUUCUGAAAGUAGCAGCAGCGAAGAGUCCGAUUCCGACUCUGAGCCGGAGGAGAUACCGACCAAAACAGCCACCAACCAACGCUUAGGUCUGCACGGUCGCAAGUCGGUGCUAUCGGAUUCAUCUUCUGAUUCAUCUUCUGAAUCCUCCUCAGAAAGCAGCAGCAGCGAUGAAUCCGACUCCGAGUCCGAGCCGAAAAAGCUGCCUACCAAAACCUCCGCCGACCAGCACAAGGCUAUGGAUGCCUUCAAAUUACAGCUACCGCCCAUGACAUCCUCGAUUUCUCGAGGCCAGCCGUUUCCACCCGUCCCUCCCGGCCAAGGGUUGUCCAAAACGCAGAAAAGGAAUGCCCGGAGGAAACUUGCCAAGCAGAUGACCUCUCAGGGUCGUUCCACGCCAGGGCAGAGCAGUGCAACUUCUCAGACAUCAGCUGUCGACGCUCAUGAUGAGCAGGCAGCACUCCUGGCGAGAAAGAAGGCUUUGCUUGACGCCAUCAUUUCAGACGCACCAGCAGAAUCUCAAGGCCAGGAGGCGUCAACUGAAAUCACUGGGUCUACUCAAGACUCUGCCCAGGCACAAUCCAAUAGUCCACAAACCUCCACCACCCAAGGGGACGCGUCUGGCCAACGUCGAAUGAAACCUAAUGUCGGUGCCGCAAGGCGCAUGCUCAUGGGCUCUUUGGGCUUGAAGAACCCAAAGACCAAAGCCGACGAGGAGAAGAUCAAGCAAGACCUGAUGAAGGGCGUGCGGCCACACACGAAUGCCCGUCUGGAGGAGGCAAACCUGCAGGCUGGUGAGUCUUCUGGGCCUCAAGAAUCAUUAGAUGAGGAUCCAGAGGCCUGGCGCGAGAAAAUCACGUUGCGCGGCGUAGAAUGCUGCCAUGACGGUGUUGUGCUCUCGGAACCGCCCUUUCCAUUUGUCCAGCGGUGGGACCCCCAACAGCAGGUGGAGGUAUGGUUUGGCACAAACAAACGCGGCGGGAAGCGUAAACGCGCACAGCGCAACCAAGCUCAUUUCUAUGAGGGCGGAGAAUCUCAGUCAUCCAAAAAGCGCCGCGUAACCGGCGAUAGCGCUGUGACAUUUUCGGAUGCGGUUGAGUCUAUGGAGGAAGGAGAUACAACCCUCAACUACGACGAUCCUGUCGAGGAACCAGAGGAACCAGAGGUACCCAAGGCCCCAGUUGAAGAAAGCCAAGCUACGGACAUGGAGGACUUGCCUUCUCUACCGUCAGAUCUCACCACGCUGCCCCUUCUUCAACCAGGAGAGGCCAAAGCCGGCAUGGUCAUCACCUGGAAGCAAAUGGUUCUAUCCAUUGCGACUAAUUGGCAGCCCGAGGUGAUCAAUUUCACUGGUGUUCUCGUCAGGGUCUUUGACGAGAAAGCCACCGAUUUCGAGUUCUUGUUGGCUCGUCGGGAUCGCAACAUUGACCGGAACGAGAAAGUCUACGACGACUAUACGGGCAAGCGGGUAUACGACCGCUUCGAGGCCCCAGAUGAUGACGAUGAUGAGGACGAUGAGGGAAUCGACGAUGGAUAUCGCAAGCUGUCUUAUGCGGAAUUGAUCGAGCCCAGGAUCCUGCAGCAACCGUUGGCUGGAAAGGAGACCCCGAACGGCAUUACAGAGUCUGGCAACGCGGAUUCCGGCAGCGCUGUCUCCGAGAGCAUAGUUCGUGAGACUGUUUACGACGAGGUCCAGUCACUUCAAGUUGAUGGAGAGAGCCCUGGCCAGUCAAAGCUCCGGGACAAUGAGAACGAUGAUCAACUUGAAAGUGUGUCGGGACACGAACGACGGGGCUCGGAUGAGCCGCAGGCCGAGAACAAUAGCAGAGCAGCCGCUGUUGAGGACGGUAUUGUAACACCAAGAGCAAAGACAGACGCAAACAUCAAUCACCUAGCCACCGAAGAGUCGACUUCACAACAAUCAGGACCAGGCCAGGAUGCAGCUGCUUUGUCUGUUUCUUCAAAUCGCCACCGCGAGAUUAGCCUCAGUAUAGAGGAGGUAGGCCUUGGGAAGGACCUGUCACACUCAAUCAUGCGACGCAAGACUAGCAGCCCGUCUCGGCAGUUGCUGGAGAUGUCGGGUGUGUUGGGCACUCAUCGUACUGCUUCAAAAUCUCCCCUUGAGAUGGAUGCGGCUGAUGACAGUGCAUCUAUCGCCCCGGGUCACGAUGCUAUCCCGCCGUCUUCUGAGCAUAGCGUGCGCAGUGGUCGGCAGCCAGAUUUGGACUUCAACCUUGAUAUGGACGGUGAAGAUCUGCCACAGAUCAACGAGACUAUUGUUGGCUCUCCUAUCUUGGGAGAGCCGUUAUCGAAUACACAGGACCAAACCCCAACACAGAACAGGCAGGCGUCAAAUGAGCCAUCAAGUUGUGACUCGCUACCGUCGUUGGACCUGAUCUUUCUCACGGCGACGUCGCAGCGAAAUACCCUCAGCGACGAAAGCCCUUCAAAGUCGCAAGUUCUCUCGGAGCUCAACUCUGGCAAGUCGGCUGUGCCGGUCGAUGAGGAGUAUGAAGCCGCAAUGCGCCGCAUUGACAAUGAGGAAGAUGACGUCGAAGACGAAAAGGCGCAAGAUUUUGGAAGCACUCAAAAGCAACUGUUUCCCAACUCGAGUCAACCAGCUCCGGAGAGAUCUCCCGAGUUGCCGGGUAUAGAGUUGGGUGUGGAUCCCAUUUCCAAGACUGCGCCGUCUUCUUUCAACGAACUGGAGAACGAGUCUAAAGAAAUAAAACCUCUGUCUCGGACACGGAAGCGCAAGAGUUCUCCGUUCGUCAUUCCGACUGGCUCCCAGGUGAUAUCUUUGUCUUCCAGCCGGUCCAACUCGCCAGAGGAGGAACUCAGAGAGGUUUACGCGGAAGACGCCAUUGAUGGCGACUAUCAGGAGAGCAGCAAGAGUCUUCCGCGUGGUUCAGGCGGAGUGACGGAGCCGCGCAGGAUCAGCACACGGGCCAAAAGCAUGUCAGCGGCUCUCGCCGCUGUUAAACCGACAGACAGAAGAAAGUCGGUCCCGUCCAGCACGGCGCCGGCCAAGUCGACUGCGAAGCCGCGGGGACAGCGCAAGUCUUUACCUUGGUCUUAG